AUGUCUGCCGACGCUGCUCCCAUCUCCUUCACACGGUUCUCCAAAGCGCUAGAAGACCUUUCUGUUGAAUCGCUCUACGCAAAAUACUCGGAACUCACAAAUCAACUCAAGCAUCUCGAAUCAAGCAACCAGCAACUUGAGGAGUUUGCGCGCGAACAUGACGACAAGGACUGCUACGAGGCCCUUCUGGAAAACAAGCAGGUUAUGAAGAGGUUCGAAGAGAGGAAAGAAGCCAUCAAGCACGAGGUACAGGAUGUGCGAGGUCUGCCAUGGAAGCCAAAGGAAGAAGAUGGAAAAACGAAUGGAAGUGCACCUGCUGCGACGAACGGCGCGACGAGGCAAGAGGGCACCAACGGCACCACAGCGCAAGAUGAGGGUGAUGAUGGUGUUUACCUAUGA